AUGAUUGUUUCUGGUUCACUGAGUCGACGCAUCAUAAUACCAGAAAUUGUAGCAUGCCCACAAUUAGACUCCAUUUAUGUCUUCUCUGUUAAUCAAUCUGUUCAUCAGUCUUGGGCCCAAACACUUCCAAAGAUGAAAGGUAUAUACACACAAAUCGAAGAUAUUUGUACAGCAUUACAAAUGAAUCCUAAAAUAUGUGAUCAAACUAUGAUUUCGAUCAGUUAUCAUGGCAUUGAUGCUUUAUUUAUGUAUACGCUGUUGUUAAAAGAAGCACUUUUGGAUAUAGCUGAUGACGACACAAGAGCAAUUAAAGAACUUGCUGAAUACUGUCGCCUUUACAGCGAUGCUUCCGAAAAAAACAUUCAACUGCUUGAGAAAGAAUAUCGUGAUCAUUCAUCAAUAUGGUGGUACACAGCCCCAUUUUUUAUAUAUUCCAUGCUCAAUCGUGGUCUUCGAAUGAUGGACGUCGACAUCAUUUUGAAAAUGAGCUUCUUUAUUCGUGAUUUACACCGCGAUAUUGAAAAGUUACAUCCAGAACAACAGCAAUCUAGUUUAAAAGCCACGGGAUCAUUCACAGUAUAUCGUGGACAAGGGCUGUCACAAGAAAAUUUCGAUAAAAUGAAACAAACCAUAGGAGGACUUAUGUCAUUUAAUAACUUCCUCUCAACAAGUCAACAACGUGAACUAUCCCUCCAAUAUGCGCACCUAGGAGCAAUAGAAAAUUCCAAUAGGGCCGACAUUCUCUUCAUUAUGAAUAUCGAUCCCGGAAUAUGUUCAAAAUCAUCUAUUCCUUUCGUCACAGUUAAAGACGAAGGCUACUUCAAAGAUAAUGAAACUGAAAUUCUUUUCACAACACAUACUGUAUUUAGAAUUGAUAGUAUCGAACAAAUCCUAGAUGCUCACAAUAAUCGACUAUGGCAAGCCAAUCUUACUCUUGUGGGUAAUGAUGAUAACGAAUUAAACAAUCUCACAGCACAUUUACGCGAUGAUGUGAAGAGGACAACCGGAUGGUCUCGACUUGGUUACAUAUUUAUUAAACUGGGUGAGUCUGCCAAAGCAAAACAACUCUACGAAAUUCUCCUAGAAAAAGCAUCUUCGGAUGAAGAUCUGGCGAAAUACAAUCAUCAACUUGGAUGGGUGUAUUAUAAUAUGGGCGAAUACUCAGAUGCACUUGCAUUUUACGUAAAAACACUCCGUAUCAACGAAAAAAUUCUUCCUCCGAAUCAUCCCGACUUGGCUAUGUCCUACAACAACAUCGGUAGUGUGUAG